AAAAAAUAAUAUUUGGCUUGCCAGGAUCAAUUGAAAUGGCAGUUCUUCGCUUCUUAGUGCUGAGCCUCAGCCUUGUACUGCUCGGCCAUUCGGUUGGAGGAGAUGAAUACCAUCAACGUUCCAAUAUUCCGAUUGAAUCGCAUAACGUCGUUUAUGAGUAUGAGGGAAAGGCAGCCUAUUGGCAGGAACAAGCUCAGGAUACAAUUUUGGCCAAAUUGGCAGCUGUCGAUGCUGCUCACACGAAGAAGGCAAAAAAUGUGAUCUUAUUCAUGGGCGAUGGCAUGUCUGUGCAUACAGUUGUGGCCACCAGGAAUCAUUUGGGUGACAGUGCCAAGCAAGUGUACUUUGAGCAAUUUCCCACCACAGGAUUCGCCAAGACAUACUGUGUGGAUCGCCAAGUUGCGGACUCGGCAUGCACAUCGACUGCCUAUUUGGGCGGAGUCAAGGGAAACUAUGGCACUAUUGGAGUAAAUGCCAAUGUGCCUCGUUAUAGUUGCACCGAAGCCUUUAAGAGUGAGAAUCAAGUGGACAGCAUUGCCAAGUGGGCUCAGGAUGCGGGCAAAAAUGCUGGCAUUGUGACAACCACCCAUGUGACUCAUGCCUCGCCAUCUGGUGCCUUUGCCCACACCGCGAAUCGCUAUUGGGAGAAUGAUGCUGAAGUGGCAGCGGCCAAUUGUAAUCCCGAAGAGACGAUCGAUAUUGCCCGCCAACUGGUCGAUUGGCCAACUGGCAAAGGUCUUAAAGUUAUUCUGGGUGGUGGCAAAAGGAAUUUCCUUAAUACCACGGUCAACGAUGAGGUUGGCUAUCCUGGCCAUCGCACUGAUGGACGCAAUUUGAUAAACGACUGGUUAACCGAUAAGAAAGAGCAGAACGCUUCGGCCAGUUAUGUUUGGAGUCGCAAGGGUCUUAGCCUGGUCGAUUUGGAUAAUACCGACUAUUUGUUGGGUCUCUUUGCCACCUCACAUCUGCCCUACGAUGGCGAUCGUGUGAGAGGUCACUCCGAAUUGGCCGAUCCAUCGCUGGCCGAGUUGACGGAGGCUGCCAUUAAAGUUCUGCAACGCAAUGAGAAUGGUUUCUUCCUGUUUGUCGAAGGUGCACGCAUCGAUAUGGCCCAUCACUCGAACUAUGCUCGUCGUUCGCUUGAAGAUACGGCCGCCUUCGCUGAUGCUGUGGCCAAGGCACGCGAAAUGACCUCCGAUGAGGAUACACUGAUUGUUGUAACUGCCGAUCACGCUCAUGUCAUGACUGUCAAUGGUUAUCCGGAACGUGCAAAGGACAUCACUGGCCUGACAGGCAGCAAUGGCGAUGAUGGUCGUCCAUACACCAUUCUCUCCUAUGCCAAUGGUCCGGGCUUCUAUCAAAGUUUCAGCACGGCCGAGGGUCGCAAUGUCCUAACCACCAAGACCACGGACAAUGUCAAUUUUAGAUAUUCCGCCUCGAUUCCCUUGUCCACCGAAACCCAUGGCGGUGAUGAUGCCCCCGUCUAUGCCACUGGGCCAUAUUCCCAAUUCUUCAGUGGCACCUACGAGCAGACCAAUAUUCCCGCUCUAAUGGCCCGAGCUGCUAACAUUGGACCCUAUGCCGAUGUUGAGCCCUAAAUGAGGCGAGGAGUAUGUGUUUAUCAUUUCUAGUUGAAAGAAAUUCAAUUAAAAAAUGCAACAGA